AUGGAUGCUGAAAGUCAAGUAAACAUAACUCCAAUGGAGGAUUGGGCGAAUUCUUCUAGACUUGCUUGUGAAUUCUCAAACUGCCGCAACAACUUUCCAGACCUGGAGGACAGCACCAAGCUGGUGGGAGUGCAAGUGAUCCUCAUCUUGGCUUACAGCACCAUCAUACUGUUCGGAGUCAUCGGAAACUCCCUGGUGAUAUACGUGGUGUACAAGUUCAAAACUCUGCACACCGUCACCAAUUUUUUCAUCGUGAACCUGGCUGUAGCGGAUCUGCUAGUGAAUACUCUAUGUCUGCCCUUUACUUUGAUCAACACUCUCCAUGGGGAGUGGAGGUUUGGCCAGGCAUUGUGCUUCAUGCUGCCCUUCUCCCAAGGCAUGGCCGUGCACGUUUCCACCAUCACGCUCAACAUCAUCGCCCUGGACCGCCACCGGAGCAUCGUCUACCACCUGGAGACCAAGAUGUCAAAGGAAAUGUGUGCCGCUGUCAUCAUCAUGACGUGGGCCAUAAGCGCAGUCCUGGCCAGCCCGCUCGCCAUCUUCCGGGAGUACGGGACGUUUGACCUUUCGCCCGAGCAGUCCAUUCAGGUUUGCACGGAAAAGUGGCCAGGGAGCGGCAUGGACGGGACCAUCUAUAGUAUCUCCAUGCUCCUGCUCCAGUACUGCCUGCCGCUGGCCAUCAACUCCUUCGCCUACAUCCGCAUCUGGAGUAAGCUGAAGAACCACGUGAGUCCUGCAGGGAGGAACAACCGCCACCAGCGCAAGAGGAAGACCACUAAGAUGCUGGUGAUCGUGGUGGUGGUGUUUGCAGUGAGCUGGCUGCCUCUCCACGCCUUCCAGCUGGCCAUUGACAUUGACAACAGUGUCUUGGAAAUGAAAGACUUCAAGCUGCUUUUCACCAUGUUCCACAUCGUGGCCAUGUGCUCGACCUUCGUCAACCCCAUCCUCUAUGGGUGGAUGAACAACAACUACCGGACUGCGUUUCUGUCUGUGUGUAAAUGCAGCCAACCUGUCAAUUCUGGGUCGAGGAACAUCAUGAGCAGAAAGACACUGAGGGAAAAAGACAUGAGCGAUACAGAUUUCAAAGCGACUAAAGUCUGA